CCUUUGUAACACAUCACAAUACAGCUGCCGGUGGCCACAGUGUCCAGAGAAGGCAAUGGUGGUGCUGCAGGAAGGCUCUGUGCAGUCACCUUGUUCCUUGUUGUCCCCAGGGUUUACAAUUUUUUUUUUUCAUGUGCCCUUAGGGACAGAUCUCGGUGGGACAAGGGAGAGACUUUCCAGCGUGGCCAGAAGAAGCAGGAGGUUGCAAAUCCUGACAUUACACUGACCACAUGUCCAACACUGAUAUCACACCCACUCGGAGCAUGGCAAACAUGAAGGCUUCUGCUCCCAACCUGGAUAUUUUUGGGGAAAGAGUUGUUUCCCACCCAAAUGAAGUGCCAGACUUUGUGAGGAACAUGCACCAGAGACUUGUGUCCAGUGCAUCUCCAGAUAACAAGUUGUUCAUGGACAUCCUGAGGCUGACUGAGGCACACCCCACUGAUGUCGCGGUCACCCUCCUGCGCUGUGCCCCAUCAUGUGACAGAGCUGCUAAAAUCAUGUGGAGGAACAUAGCCUCAUCAGGAAUAGCAGUGGACAAGGUGCUGCCAACACUGCUCUGUGUGCUGGAGGACUGGCCACUGCACAGAGUGUCCACCUCCGAUGGGGACAAAACGGGUGUCUUUGCCCUGGCUGCAACCAGGGUGGUUUGGGAGAUUCUUCGCCUGCCCUGGUGCCCAGCACCAUUUAUGGAAUAUUCUCCCCGCCUCCUUGUGGCUCUGCUCUUCCAAGUUUUUGUCAGCACAGAAGAGAUGCCAGAUGAGGUCAACACCUUCUGGAAGGAAUGCCAGGAGCAACUCAGACUUCCCACCAGCCCCAACAGGUUUGCAGUGCAGACUGUGAGGGCACUGUUCCGCCAUCUGCGGUAUCUGGAUUUACUGGUGUCAAUGGAACGCAAGCGUGCCUGGGACACGCUGCUCUGUGCUGACACCCACCACUAUGCCAUGGGUCUGCUGGCCAGGGAGAUGCACCGUACUGCAAACCCCUUGUGUUCCUGCAUUGCACUCCGCUUGCUUGGGCUGCUCAGCAGGCGGGAGCCAUGCUGGGAUCUGCCUGCCUUGGCAUUCCUUGUGGAGGUCCUCGAGUGCCCUGACAUGAAGGAAUGGAGUGACAGUGCCCUGGAGAUCAUUUCAAGCCGCCUGCAGAGCAAAUCCAGGGAAAAGCGUUGCUUGGCUCUCAGAGGCCUUGUGGUUCUCAGCAAGAAUCCCUUGGUGGCCGAAGCCAUGCGGAGUCUGACACAGAGCCUCAUGGACCUACUGCAGGAUGCAGAUGGAGAGGUGGUUGCAUUGAUCCUCUCUGUAUUCCUGAAUGAGCUCCAGGAUAGAGCUACCCUAAUAUCCAAUCCCACUGCCCUGCAACUGGCUGAGGUGCUACAGCCACUCAUUGACAAUGACAACAGCCAUGUGCAGCUGCUCUCCACUCACCUCUUCCGAGAGGUGAUGGAGCUAGUAAUGGACAAGGGAAGUAAGCCCCUGAAGAAACAUGUGAACAUGAGCCUUCUCCCACUCCUCUUCCACUGCCAGGAUGAGAAUCAGCACGUGGCAGAGGCUUCUCGGGAAACGCUGCUUUGUGCCGUCAAGUUCCUGAAGAGGAGGCGUCUGAAGCAGCUGGUGAAGAAGGAGCAGCCAUGGAGGUUUGGCGAGGUCUUGGAAUCGCUGGGCGGUACUUGA